UUUCCUAUUUUCAGCCAUGAAGUAAAAGUCUACAGUAAAUCCGUUGAUGUUGAAACUGCUCGUUUGCUGAAAACCCCACCCCCAUGACUCAGACACGGGUAACAGAACAGCACAGACUUUUGCGUACUGUUGGACACCGGCGUAUUAACGGUUGAUAUAUCUUGUUAAUAGUUUUUUUCUACAAAUAUCAAAAUGUCUCACAUUGUUGUAACUACCACUACUACAACAACAUCGACUUCUGAUGGAGGUUUUUUUAAUAUUGGCUACACCCGCUCCACACAAGGCUUACUGAAGAUCGCUCAAAUGGUGGCACUCCUGAUAGCGUUUCUGUGCGUGCAUCUGGCCCGGGGAUGGACAAACUGGUCAGCCUUCCGCUACUUUGAGGUGGUGACCCUGGGGUUCCUCAUCGCCUUCCUCAUCUUUUACCUCAUGUACCUGCUCCGGCUGCAGAGCAAGAUCCCUUGUAUCAACUGGACUCUGACUGAGUUCUUCCACUAUGCCGCGGGGACCAUCCUGGUUGGCAUAGCCUCCAUUGUAGCAGCUGUAGAGGGUCGCGGUGUGUCUGAACUGGUGGCCGGGUCGGUGUUUGGUUUCAUAGCCACGUUCCUGCUGGCUGUCAGUCUUUGGACUACAUACAAGGUGUCCUGUGGCUCCCAGCCUACCAGUGCAUCUGUUUAAAAGGGAUCAAGUUUGCCAUGCUCUGAAGUUCCAAGGCGGCUCAAUUAUUAUUAUUAUCAGUGUGCUGGGUGAUGGUCACUUUCAAUGCCUAAGAACUCCCCAUGUCUGUUUUCCUUUUAAAUCCAAAUCAGUAUUGGAAAAAUAUCUACUGUUAUGUUUUCUUUCCCCUUAAAGAAUCAACAUAUCAGCUCUGGAUCGAGUGCUCUCAAAUUCCCCAAUCUAGGUUUUUAUUAAAGAUGCAUUUGCAUACAUUGCAUGCAUAUUUAAAUUUAUUUUUUAGUGGACCAUCUGCUGAGAUUGUAAUACCUCCUGGGUCUGUUUCAGCAGCUUGUAGUUGUUCUGUACAGGUGAAACUGCUAGUUGGGGUUGUUAGGAGUGGAAAGUGUCUAAAAUGUUUGCUGUGAGUACGUAUUUAUUUAUUAUUUUUCAGUAUUUUAUUUUAAAGUGCACUAUGAACCUUUGUUACCAAAAACCACUGGUAGAUUAAUAAUCAAAACUAUGAUGCUCUGAUAUCAGUACCUCUCUACAUGUACCUAUGUGUUUCCAGGUGGUGCAUUAAUAGUAAACUGACAAGAUGCAGUUCCUAUUCAGAUCCAGAUGACUGUAUAUUGUAUUCUGAGUGCCUCAGCUACCACAGACAGUGUUGUUUAAGCUUCAACAUGCUUGCUCACAAUGCCAUGCAUAAUUAACCUCAGAUUUGUCUUUGAUAGUUAGAAUUUUUUAUAAGUUGAAUUAAAAAGAAACAUGCUUUUUUGAUUGAAGUCAAAAUGUGUACAUUUCUUUGAUUCAGUGAUUAAGAACAUGUUAUCUAUCAUUGACAAGGACCAACGCAACUUAUAAUGAAUGAUAACAUGUGGUACAUGCUUUAUCAGUAACACACUGGAGUGUUUGUCUAGAGUCACACUCCUAAGGGUGUGUAUUUAGAUCCCUCACAGCAAUAGGAGUUUGACAUAAUUAUGAACAAAUGACAGGUAUGAGAAAUAUGCUUGCCCAUUCCUGGACCAGUGUAGUGCAACACACAGACCAUCUCGCUAGAGGGAGAUGGGAAGGAGGAUCAAAAGUGAGAUGUCUGUAGAGCUGUUUGGAUUGUGAGUGGCCUGUGUGGAAACAUGAGUUAGGUAGUUAGCCAGCAGUUUGUGAGCCAACAAUGCCCUCUGGUGGCUUAUUGCACUUCCUUUAAAGUUAUGGUUGGAGAAAGGACUGAGUUAUUAUCAUCGGUGUGCUCUAGCAUACAGAGGACAUGAACAUGAAGCAAAAUUCAGGUAUUUAUUGUAUGAUAUAAACGUGGAUAGGUACAGUUUACAGAGAAGGGACACCUACUUAUAGAUUUACAGCCUCAAGACCAUGUGACCUAACUUGCAUCCAAUAGAUUAUCUCUCUAACAAACACUACACUACCACACUGACAUGACACUCAGCCACUCACACAUUUAACAUGGUACUUAACAGCAUGUUUUUUUGCCAGAUUUUCACAAGACAGUUGUCAGUAGUCUUAAAUUUACAUUACAUCCCAUCAAUCCUUAAAUGAAUCCUUCAUUCUGACACACUGGCUAGGCUAAGAGAGCUGGGGUUUGGUUGUCCAUGUACUCCAGUCUCUUGACAGUGAUGCUCUCCUUUAGUUAGCGGCAAGGUUGACCGCAAAGUCACUUAGUAUAUCAACAUGCUGUCAGGUAAAUCACAAGCUAAUCCAAAAAACACAACUAUGGACUAUGAGUGCGUGUGAAAUCUUUAUCGUCUUUAUCACUUCCCCAAAAAAUGUAGGCUGCAAAGCUCGGUUAGUCGGAUAUUUUGGUAAUUUUCCCUAAUCCAGCAGAUGGCAAUAGCAUGUCUAGUCGUAUUGCAGUCCCUUCCUGUACUGGGCAUAACAUUAGCAAUAAAAUGGGCACAACUAAAUACAAACCAAAAAUGGGGGCAAACAUUUCUAUUGAACAUGUCUGACAUCACUGCCUCUUACAUAAAUGUAAACUUAAGUUUAGGGACACAGAUUUAUUUGGUCUGAAUAUCAGCAUACUCCACACUUUCACAUACAAAGCUAUAUUCAUUAAGGCACACAAGGUCAUGCUGAUGAAAAGAAAAUGAUGGAAUCCCAACAGAAUGGUAUUCACUAUAUAUCUGCUUGCCAUCCAGGUGUAACUCCACAAUAGGGGCGAUGGGUAUGGCUGGUCAACAGCCUUAGACAAGUCUAAGACAGCAGAAUACAUCAUUUAAAACACACAAGUUGUAAUCUCUAUAGACAAAUCAAUUUCAGUAUAAACGCCAAAAUAAAUUAUAACUUCAACAA